AUGGACAGGAGCAGGCCGAUAACUAUCUUGGGUAACCCGAGGAUACCAGAUGCGGCCGCACUGUCUUCACAGGUGUUAACCGCCGAUGCGAGGGGGCUCCACGCGUCACCAGGUUUCCCGUUACCUACGACUUCUGUUGACCUUCCAUCGUGGCAGAAUCCUGCGGGAAGUGCCACAGCUGCAGCGACAUCUCCAUUCUACAAUUUACCACGAUUUCCUGGAUAUUAUCAAUUCCCUCAGAUUAAUCCUGCCUAUCUCCAGAGUUUUUGGCAGCAGUCGCCAUGGCAACCAUCAGCUGCUGCUCAGCAAAUUCAGCAACACCAGCUGCAACAGCAACAUCAGAAACAACAGCAUCCCUUGAUGCAGUCGAAUUCUGUUGAGACUUCUUGGAUUGGUGCCUCUGUAUCCUCAGAUUUAAACAAUGCCUCAGCAGUUGCUGCGUCAUCUUUUCAUCCUUCCGCCACCCAGCAAAUACCGCAAACUCAGUCUCUUUCACGGCCUGUUAACGUUGGUGCAACUCAGAAUACCGCUUCGGUUUCAAGCUUCCCUUCAAAUUUCCCCUCAAGCAUGAUGCCAACAAGCGCCAAUCUGCUCUCCUCGUUUCAAAGCAUGUAUCAGCAGCAACAGCCGAGUACGUCUGUUGCUGCAGGGAUCACAAAUAACUCAAAUACUUCUUCGCUGGCUCCAAAUUUUUCAAUUCCUCCUGCAGUGAGCGCGGUACAGCCUCAGUUCUCUGUACCAUUUUCUUGUACUGUUAGUGCCCCAACAGCAUCUAGUGUUGCGAAUGUUAAACGUAUGGAGUGCGAUAGUUCUGUACCGAGUCCGCCUAAAACGCAACAGCAGCAACGGCAGCAACCGCAGCAACAGGAACAACAACCACAACAGACCCAGCCAGCGACUGGAUUGUCUUCUUUCCCACAGAGCCGGACGGCUGGUUCUGAUCCUGUAAAUGAGAGGAGACGUGUGACAGAAAGUUUUAUGGCGUCUACUUCGAGACCUUGUGAAGUCGUAGAUUCAGUUAUUACGGACCAAAUUAAAGAUGAAUUGGUUAAAGAAGGAACGGUUGACAGCAUUCUACCAAAAGAGCACGAAGAACCUGUUGUUAACACAUAUCCUACCACGUCAGUGGCGCAAGAAAUGUCUAAUAAUAAGGAAUUGAAAAGUGAUCUUGUGGACACGAAGGAUGAAUCGUUCUUCUCUCAAGGUGAACCAGAAAUCAGUGAGAAACCAGUUUCUCAAGAGCCGUGGAAGGAAAGGUCUCGUUCUCGUUCACCGUCUCAUCAUUCUCCGAAAAGACGUGGGCACGGACAUUCUGAGUCUUCGAGGUCGAUGUCGCCAAUUGCUGCACCGCCAACACCUGAGGUUUCUGUGAAAAAGUAUAAGAAGAGCAACGAAGUGGCGCGGCUUCUAAACGACUUAACUGAAGGUGCGUGGAUGAAUUUGGCUGGAAGGUCGAAUAAUCGACAUAGUGGGUCAAGUGCACAUGAAAGGUUAAAAAAUGGAGCUGUUGGACAGAGUUCUGACGAUGAUGAUUCAGAAGAUAGCGAACGGGAAGAAAAUACUAGGAAAACGAAAAGACGGUCGUCAGCUAAAAGGAAAACUUCCACAAAUGUAUCAGUUCAAGAUAAACCAAAACGUGGAAGGCCUAAAGGAAGUGGAAAGAAGAAAGUAGCUAAGAAAGUUGCUCCUCGAGGGAGAAAGCUCAAACGAGACAGUGAUAGUGCAAGUGAUUCUUCAAGCAGCGAUGACAGCGAUGACUCUGAAAGAUCACGCCCUCGCAAGGUUGGCAGACCGUCUACUGCCAACAAAGAUGAUCGUUCUUCACAAGCUAGGCGUAGUAAGAAGGCGUCGAGGUUGUCUACAGCUUCGGUGUCUUCGUCUUCAAGAAAAAAAGGCAGGCCGCCAGCUAGACCUCCUCCGUCUGAUUCAGAUUCGGAGAACACAUCAAGUUCGUUGGGAUCUUCUUCUGCCUCCACUUUCAGCCCGCGCAGUAAGAGAAUGGCCACUCCAAAACUGCGUAAGGUUGGUACGGCUCCGACGUCGUCCGCUAGGCGUGGAGGAUAUGGAGGAGGGAUAGGCAAAAAUUCGACUAAAAGAGGUCCACAUAAGAGGAUUGGUCGACCUCCGGCUGGUGAAAAACGCCUCUCAGUGAAAAGGAAGAAAAAAAAUUCGUCUUCUUCACCGGAAAGUGACGAAACAAGUUUUGAUGAAGAUGAAGUGCCAAGCCAUAGGUCUUUUGAUCGUAAUGCAUUCCAUAAUCCGGAAGAACAAUGUGGUGCUAAAUCACGCUGCAAAAUGCCUCAGGGAAAUAACGUCAACUGGAUCCAAUGUGAUUCUUGUGAUGUUUGGUUUCACCGAGAUUGUGUUACGGAGGAAGUUGAUGAAAAUAGCGAAUUUCACUGUGGAUGUAAGAGAUCUGGAAAGAAACGAGGUCGACAUGCAGGAAGGAAGGGGUUCAAUAUUAAUGUUGAGGUUAUGUGGAAUGGUUACUGUCGUGGACAUAGCUGUAAAAAAGGUAUCGUUUCUGGUGGAUUUCAGCAAUUUUCAAUUGCAUUUUGUUAUGAGGAGGCAAGUGAUCUACGAUGGUUAUUCGGAGCUUGUGUUGGGAGAUAG